AUGUCAAGUCGCUCCGCAGAGAAAGAUCGCACCGACUCCGCCGAAGACUACGGCUCCGACUCGGCUACCGAAUCAGUGCCCCCUCCCCAGCCUCGCCGGAGACAACGAACGCAGACGCAGCAGCGACAGCAGCAGCAGCGCGGCGGUCAGACCAACGCCGGGCCGCUGGACCAGCUGCCCGUGGGCGGCGAGCUGGGCCAGGUCGGGCAGACGGCCAACGGGGUGCUGGGCGGCGUCACGAACACGCUGGGCAGCGUCACGAACAAUGCCGUGGACAACCAGGAGAAGGGCGAUGGCGGCAAGAGCGACACGUUGAGGUUGCGGCUGGAUCUGAACUUGGAUAUUGAGAUUCAGCUCAAGGCCAAGAUCCAUGGUGAUUUGGAGCUGGCGUUGCUGUAA